GAGCAGGUGACUCUGCUGCCGCCAGAUAAAGGAGGGAUGCUGUUAACACUCCUCUUCUACCUGCGAGUGAAAGAAUCGAUCUACCGCCGCGGGGCCAGAAGAUGGAGGAAGCUCUACCGAGUAAACGGACACCUCUUCCAGGCCAAGCGCUUUAACAGGAAAGCGUACUGUGGCCACUGCAGUGAAAGGAUAUGGGGGCUGGGGAGGCAGGGCUACAAGUGUAUCAACUGCAAACUGCUGGUCCAUAAGCGCUGUCACAAACUCGUCCCUCUGACCUGCCAAAGGCAUAUGGAUCCAGUCAUGCCAUCACAGGAGCCCCCUUUAGAUGAGAAGAAUGAAGAGGUGGACCUCCCCCCUGAACACACAGAGGAUACAGAUGGAAUAACUUUCCUACCACACAGUCGCAAAGUGGACAAAGUGGAAGAGGACUCGAAGGACAUCAAAGAGGUGGUGGGCAGGAUCGAUGGUAUCAAGAUCUCCCAGGAGAUGGCGCUGGGCCUGGGGGACUUUGACCUGAUCCGGGUGAUCGGCCGCGGCAGCUACGCCAAGGUGCUGCUGGUGCGACUCAAGAAGAAUGAACAGAUUUACGCCAUGAAGGUGGUCAAGAAGGAACUGGUGCACGACGACGAGGACAUUGACUGGGUGCAGACAGAGAAGCAUGUGUUUGAGCAGGCGUCUACCAAUCCGUUUUUAGUGGGCCUUCACUCCUGCUUUCAGACAGAGAGCCGGUUAUUUCUCGUGAUCGAGUACGUCAACGGAGGGGAUCUGAUGUUUCAUAUGCAACGGCAACGGAAACUACCAGAAGAACAUGCGAGAUUCUAUGCUGCUGAAAUUUGUAUCGCUCUGAAUUUCCUGCACGAAAAGGGAAUCAUCUACCGAGAUUUGAAACUGGACAACGUCCUCUUGGAUCACGAGGGACACAUCAAGCUCACAGACUACGGGAUGUGCAAGGAGGGCAUCAGACCUGGAGACACCACCAGUACAUUCUGUGGAACCCCCAACUAUAUCGGCCCUGAGAUCCUCAGAGGGGAAGACUAUGGGUUCAGUGUUGACUGGUGGGCGUUAGGCGUGCUUAUGUUUGAGAUGAUGGCCGGGAGGUCCCCUUUCGACAUCAUCACCGACAAUCCUGACAUGAAUACCGAGGAGUACCUCUUCCAAGUUAUUCUGGAAAAAACGAUUCGCAUCCCAAGGUCCCUGUCGGUAAAGGCUGCCAGCGUGCUGAAGGGCUUCUUAAACAAGGACCCCAAAGAGCGUCUGGGUUGCCAGGACCAAACGGGCUUCGCUGACAUCAAGUCGCACACGUUUUUCCGCAGUAUAGACUGGGACCAGCUGGAGAAGAAACAGAUGGCCCCGCCUUUCAAGCCCCAGAUCACAGAUGACUAUGGCCUAGAGAACUUUGACACCCAGUUCACCAACGAACCAGUGCAGCUGACGCCGGACGACGAGGACAUCAUCAAGAGAAUAGACCAGUCUGAGUUUGAGGGAUUUGAAUACAUCAACCCCCUGCUGCUAUCCACGGAGGAGUCUGUAUGAGGGGGAGGAGACCUCCUUUUCUUCUCCCACCUGUGUCUGUCUACUGCACCGUCCACCCCCACCCCUCUCUCAGCCAAAUCAAUGAACAACUCCCUCUGGCGAGGAGGAGUGGGAUGGAGGGAGAACAAAGGGAGGACAAGAAAUUCUCGGCUUUGCACGAGGGACGAGGCUCGAGGACACAAAUGCAAAAAGGAGCCUUUUUUCUUUUGUCGUGGAUCUCCCACAAUGGAUUGCAUUAUUUUGUCGCCGUGGAAAAACUCUUUGGAGGUGGUCAACACAACAAAAUAUACAGGAACAUUCUCAAAACUCAGUUGUUGAUUGUCUUCCUGGUUUUUUUGGCUUCGCGGUUUUGAUUGUUUCCCCCAGCAACUCAAUUUCUGUGUCAGCAGCACGGCAGAAAGCAACGUAAUUCUGUGCCUGCCAUUGUAGAACCAACUUUUACAUCCCCCCCGGUGGAAUAUGAAGGUUCUACGACUCAGAACUUAAAUUUAUGUUGUAGGAAGCUUCGCUGCCUCGAGCAAAACAGGAAUGUACAAUGAUGAAGGAAAAAAAUAAUGCUAGAAGUUAUUCUUGUGUAUUCUACUGUAGGUAGCGACUCCAAAUCAAUGCUGUCUUUCUAUCGAUUCAAAAUGGUUCCUUUUAUUCAUGACCAUGGACUUUGUUUAUUUUCUUCAGACAGUUUGAUUUUCAUGAACAAAACUGUUUUUUUUCCCAAUUUUUUUUUAAUUUAAGAAGUGCCUCAAAGAUCUAAUCUACAUCAUGUUUCUGAUUGCACUCAGUGAUUGUUUCCAAUUCCCUUCAGCUGCCUGGGUGGUUGGUCAGUUCCCUUCAGCUGCCUGGUGGGUUGGUCAGUUCCCCUCAGCUGCCUGGUGGGUUGGUCAGUUCCCUUCAGCUGCCUGGGUGGUUGGUCAGUUCCCUUCAGCUGCCUGGGUGGUUGGUCAGUUCCCUUCAGCUGCCUGGUGGGUUGGUCAGUUCCCUUCAGCUGCCUGGGGGUUGGUCAGUUCCCUUCAGCUGCCUGGUGGGUUGGUCAGUUCAUCUCAGCUGCCUGGGUGGUUGGUCAGUUCCCCUCAGCUGCCUAGGUGGUUAGUCAGUUUCCUUCAGCUGUCUGGGGGGUUGGUCAGUUCCCUUCAGCUGUCUGGUGGGUUGGUCAGUUCCAUUCAGCUGCCUGGUGGGUUGGUCAGUUCCAUUCAGCUGCCUGGUGGGUUGGUCAGUUCCAUUCAGCUGCCUGGGUGGUUGGUCAGUUCCAUUCAGCUGCUUGGUGGGUUGGUCAGUUCCAUUCACUGCCUGGUGGGUUGGUCAGUUCCAUUCAGCUGCCUGGGUGGUUGGUCAGUUCCCUUCAGCUGCCUGGGUGGUUGGUCAGUUCCCUUCAGCUGCCUGGUGGGUUGGUCAGUUCCCUUCAGCUGCCUGGUGGGUUGGUCAGUUCCCUUCAGCUGCCUGGUGGGUUGGUCAGUUCCCCUCAGCUGCCUGGUGGUUGGUCAGUUCCAUUCAGCUGCCUGGUGGGUUGGUCAGUUCCAUUCAGUUGCCUGGGUGGUUGGUCAGUUCCAUUCAGCUGCCUGGUGGGUUGGUCAGUUCCAUUCAGCUGCCUGGUGGGUUGGUCAGUUCCCUUCAGCUGCCUGGGUAGUUGGUCAGUUCCCUUCAGCUGCCUGGUGGGUUGGUCAGUUCCAUUCAGUUGCCUGGGUGGUUGGUCAGUUCCAUUCAGUUGCCUGGGUGGUUGGUCAGUUCCAUUCAGCUGCCUGGUGGGUUGGUCAGUUCCAUUCAGCUGCCUGGUGGGUUGGUCAGUUCCCUUCAGCUGCCUGGGUGGUUGGUCAGUUCCCUUCAGCUGCCUGGGUGGUUGGUCAGUUCCCUUCAGCUGCCUGGUGGGUUGGUCAGUUCCAUUCAGCUGCCUGGUGGGUUGGUCAGUUCCAUUCAGCUGCCUGGGUGGUUGGUCAGUUCCCUUCAGCUGCCUGGGUGGUUGGUCAGUUCCCUUCAGCUGCCUGGGUGGUUGGUCAGUUCCCUUCAGCUGCCUGGGUGGUUGGUCAGUUCCCUUCAGCUGCCUGGGUGGUUGGUCAGUUCCCUUCAGCUGCCUGGUGGGUUGGUCAGUUCCCUUCAGCUGCCUGGGUGGUUGGUCAGUUCCCUUCAGCUGCCUGGUGGGUUGGUCAGUUCCCUUCAGCUGCCUGGGUGGUUGGUCAGUUC